GCUUCCACCCUGAAACCCUAGCAGUAGCAGACUAGCAGCGGGCGGAGCAAGCUGCAGCGCCGAAUUCCAUUCGCUCCAGCGCCGCUUCGUCCGCGCCCGGCCACCCACCGGUCGCCGCUGCUCCGCAAGCUUUCCGCAACCGUCCACUGGCUGCCGCGCCUCUACACUUACCGCGCCACCCGUUCCUCUUCUCGGGGCCGUGCGCUAGGGUUUGGAGCCGCCGCACAAAUCCUCGUCGGCGCCGCCAUCUCCGGUAGAAUGGAAGACGUUCAGGACGCCAUUGGGGUCUGACAUGUUUAGUCUGGCUUGCUCGUGACUCCUUCCGACCUGCCCCCCCUUAGCAAUGGCAGACUCUAAGAAAAAGUACAGGGCACGUGAAAUUGAGUUCCUUGGUCAAAAAAGGCACAUCGUUCUGCAAGAUGUUGGUGGAUGGUCUUCCCUCGUGGAAGUGGUCAAUGUUCUUCUCCUCCGAGAUGAAUUACCAGAAGGAAUCAUAUUUCAGAGCAAAGCUCAUGGUGAGAAGUAUAUUGAACAGUACAUGAUGGAGAAUGUGCUAGACACCUGUUUGGUGAGGAGAUUGCAAACACUGGUGGAGGUUGGUACACUUACUCAAGCUAAGGUGGAUCAACACUUGCCAGAGUUUCGGAACGUCAUCGUUUCCCUCUCCAAGACAUUCACUAUAUAUCCCAAAUUCACAAGGACCAACGACUUUGAGGAAACCCCAGAUAAACUUAUGUAUAAUGCUUUGGGCAUUGCUAGUUAUCACGGAUGGCUGAUGAACCCUCAGGAUACCGAUACCAGCGAAGCAGUUGGCAUUGCAAGUUCUGCGAAGUUGAUUAUCGAAAUUGACGAGUUGAUGAAAUCUGAAUCCAAAGGCAAAACUGACAGAUUGUCACUUCUUCAAAGUAUUUGGAACAACCAGUUCACUUCGUAUGGGUUUGCUCAUUUGUGUAAUGAUGUCCCAGAAGGGGUUUUGUGUCUGUUAUACAGGGAUGAAAGGAUCAAUGUGCUGUACAAGCAUAAAGGAAUGUUGCAUGUUCUAGUGACUGCUCAAGACGUAUUGGAAAAGUAUCCUGAUGCACUGUGGAGGAAGUUGGAGCAGGUUGAUAAAAAUGGUGAUCUACUGACGAGUUCCUUUGGUCCAAUAAAUGUAACCUGGCUUGAAAAUCAACAAAAUCUGAUCGAAGAUGAGAGGAAAGCUGUAAAACAGAAAGAAACCUGCAGUUUGAAAAAUGCGAAGAAGCAUGGGAGAGGAAAAGAUAAAAUGAACACAGUAACACAAGAUGAAAGUGGUGGGGCAAAUAAAGAUCUUGGUGAUGAAGCGGAAGCCAAUAUAGCUGAAGAUAGAGGACCAGCCUCUCCAAAAGAUGGAGUUUUAGGAGCCAAUAUAGCUGAAGAUAGAGAACCAGCCUCUGCAAAAGAUGGAGUUUUAGUCCCUUCCCAAGAUAAUAUGUUGAGGGAUGGAUUCAUGAAAUUUUUAAAGGAGUAUCUACUUGAUGGAAAACCGUACUUCAGGGAUCAAGUGGAAUUUAUGCAUUUCAAAGGCAUUUCCCAUUUGAUCAUUUGUUAUGGUUGGAUUAAGACAUAUGACAAAGAGCUUGCAGUAUCUAUUUGCAGUAACUACUUUAGGGCUGCAGAGGAUCUGAAGCUAUGCUUUUGUGAUUAUUUUCAUUCAAUAAUGCAAGAAAAUUCUGUUGACACGGAUAUAGUUGAACUGUCUACAAAGAUCAAGCUUACAAUUUGCUGCUUGCCUCUACAUAAAAGAUUUAUGUCCUUCGAAGAGUUCGCCGCAGAAAAUUGUAUGUAUAUAGUUUAUGAACUUGAAGGUAGAUUUGUGAAUUCUACCUCUUAUGUUGGGAGGCUGAUGGCCUUAGGCUAUUUGCAUUGCAUCCUCAAGACUCAUAAAUCCGGUUAUUCCUGGUAUGGAGAAUUCGGAAAAUCUCACAUGUCUGUAAAGAUUGUGAAAGGCGUCAUGAUAUUCAAGAUCAAAACUCUUGCUACUAUGGUUAAACUGAACAGAGAUAAUGGUAUUGCUGACUUUGACAAGUAUAAGGAGAUCCUGUUCCCUCUCUUCAAGAGGCAUGAUGUUGAAGGCUAUCCAGUCUACUUCGAUGAGUUUGUAAAAGAUUUUUUGGCUAUGCCAGACCCAAUUGAAUCUCCUGUGGAAUUUGAGAAAUUUCAGAAGUACAUGGGGGCACAUCUUUUCGCCAAAGCUCCCCUGGUCCGAUCUGGUCUGGUUACAAAUACAUAUCAAGUAUGUGAGUCUUUGGUAUUUACACGACCUCCGCCAGGUGGUUGGCCUGUAUACGCCCCACUUGAUUUUCAUGAUGAGGAUUUGCCCCAAUGGGAUAGAGAGCAACUGGGUGCUGCAAUGUCUGAGGUUUAUACUUACAGGAACACAUCUUAUGACAAGACCAUUACUCAAAAUAGGUAUGACAGACAUACCUACUGGUAUGCACUUAUGUUGGGAAGACAUGGCGUCCAGCACCUGCAUUGGUAUACAAAGAAAGGAAAUGUACAAACUAUUAAAGAUUUUGUCAUAGCUGAUUUGAUAGUAGCACAUGAUCUCAAAGGUCUUUUGGCAAAUGUUAUUUACAAAAUUAUGAAGAUUACCAACUUCGAUGGCCCGUUUUCAAGUGUCUGGAGAACAUUCGUGGCAUCUGAAACCUUUGGGGAUUCUGCAGUUGAAGCUGGAGAAACAGAAGGAACCUUUGAAGAGCCUGCCUGGGAUGCUGCAGUUGAAGCUGGAGAAACAGAAGCAGCUCCGGGCCCUGCUACAGCCGCAAUUCCAGGAGAUCAGGAAUUAACAAUGUCUAUGGCUCCCCCCUCCUCCUGACAAGACGAACUAUGUAGCAGAAUGAUGAUGUGCCUUGAGAGUUCGGUUAACUGAGGCAGGAAUUGAAAAUUUAGACGUUUAUUCCUUGGUUCUAAAAUCUGAUGAACUGAUUUUGUUGGGUGGUGAGGAUACACUGCCAGACCUAUUAACUGGGCAGAUAUUUUGCUAAUUGAGCAGAUGCCUACUUUUUCUUGUGAAAUCUUUAUUUGUGGUAAACACUAAACGAACUACUCGUGUGGUAGCACUUUGUGAAUGUUUGCUCAGAUGAUGAUGAUGGGAGAUUAUUUCUGUUAAUUA